UUAAGCUAGUUAGCUAACGGAUCAACCUGAAUGCGCACACACUCAGAACAACAGUUUCAUUUUUUUUUCAAUUGCCUCGGCUGUGGAAAUAGACUCCAAAUCAAAAGUACUACGUCAAACCGGUUUCCCGCUGAACGUGGACAACGAUCUCCUCUGGGAGAUUAGCUUGUUAUCGCUCUUAGCCUCCCGGUGACUGGGAUUAGCAAACGUUAGCUAUCUAGCUAACAAGCUAAUAACAACAACAAGGCUCCGGAGCUGUCUGAAAGCAGAAAUAUGGCAGAGCCCAGCGACAUGAUUGAAGUCACCGUGAAGACUCUGGACUCCCAGAGCAGGAGCUACAAAGUCAGAGGCGAGCUGACUGUGAAGCAGUUCAAGGAGCACAUCGCAUCCUCAGUGGAGAUCCCAGUAGACAAGCAGAGGCUCAUCUACCAGGGCAGAGUGCUGCAGGAUGACAGAACACUAACUGAAUACAAUGUAGAUGGGAAGGUAAUCCAUCUGGUGGAGCGUGCCCCACCUCAGGCCACCAUGUCCGGCUCUGGGGGUAUGGGUGUUUCCUCCGGCGGGGCAGAGGGCAGCGGUAGCCACGCCGCCUCCCAGGGUGCACCGCAUGACCGCAAUGCCAACAGCUACGUGAUGCUGGGGACCUUCAACCUGCCCGUCAACAUCAUGGACCCUCAGCAGAUACAGAUGUCAGUUCAGCAGAUGAUGGCUGGAGUUGGCGAAGCUGGGAGGAAUACCAGGGUCAGCACCAGCUCUGGGAGCAAUGGCUCGGUGGACGUGCAGAUCAACUUGGACCAGUCAGUGCACAGUGAGCCCAGGAUGAGGCUGCAGCUGGCUGAGAACCUGCUCAGAGACGCUCGCUCUCUGAUCCACAGACUGGAGGGAGUGUCCGGUGACAGCAGCUCCCAUUCAGAGCCAGAGGUACCUCAGUCUUCUUCUUCCCCACCAUCGUCUUCCUCCUCUGCCAGAGGAGCUGCAGCCUCACAGCCCAUGGACACCAGCUCUCCUCCUGCUCCAUCAUCCUCCACCUCCACCCAGACUGAGGGAGCAGCUAACACUGGCCCCAAUCACCCGAGUCCAGCAGAGUUUGUGGAGGUCCUGUCUGAGGUCAGGAGGGUGGAGGAGAGGUUACGCCCCUUCAUAGAGAGGACCCACUCAAUCCUCGGAGCAGCCACAUCAGCAGACUACAACAACAAUACACAAGAAAGAGAGGAGGAUCAGCGCAUUCUCAACCUGGUUGGAGAUGCCCUGCGUCUCCUUGGAAACACCUUGGUUGUCCUUGGUGACCUACGCUGUAACCUGGCGACCUCUCCUCCACGCCACCUGUAUGUGGUCCGCCCCAUGGCCCACUACACCCACCCAGUCCUGCUCCAGGCUGGUCUGCCACACAUGCCCAUUCCAAUAAACUUAGGAACAACAGUAACCAUGACGUCUAAUGGGAGACAGGUGGCUGAGGGACAACGCCAGCCCUCUCACAGUUCUGGCCAAUCAGAUCAACAGGCUACCGACCAGGCUCCGCCUGUUCAUUCCAACGGGGCCGCUCAUCAACAGGGACAGGGAGGACCCCGAGUGAUCCGGAUCACCCAUCAGACCAUGGAGCCUGUAGUCAUGAUGCAGAUGAACAUCGACGGUGAGACAGCAGCUGGGUCUCAGGUUCCCGGACAGCCAAUUGCUGCAGGUCCCGGCCAGCCCGGAGUGACACCGGUCCACUUCCCAGGACUGCCCCCUGAGUUCAUGCAGGCCAUCGUGCACCAGAUCUCGCACCAAGCUGCUGCCAUGGCUGCUGCAGCCUCAGCAGGACACCCAGAACAGAUGGCGUCAGGCCCUGGCUCCACGCCCAGCGCUGAGGCAACUGCUUCCCAACAACCCCCCCACCCUGCUCAGGCCAGGGUGGUCAUCACCAGACCUUCCUUCUCCCCUCGCAUCCCUCAGCCUGUGGGAACCAGGGGAACCACCAUCAACCUGAGGGCCACAGUACCCACAGCUGGCCAACAGCCAGGACAGGGCACACCUCUGGCUCCCUCCUCCCUCACACAGAUGAUCAGUGGUCUGGUCGGACAGCUCCUGAUGCCGGGGCAGCCAGGUGAUCCUGUUUCCACGUCCUCGUCGACCAGCUCUCAGUCCUCCUUCUUUACCUCGUCUUUGUCUGAUUCCUCCACCGUGUCCCCCCCACCAACCUCUGCCAACACCUCCGGACAGACAACCACACGCACCACCAGCACCGCCUCCGUGGGGCAGCCAGCAGACAGCAGUCCUGAGGGAAAUCUGGCCCAGCUCCUCGGCUCUCUGCUGGGAGGAGCGGCUGGGCUGGGGGGUUCCGGCUCUGGGCCGGCUCCCUCCAUCACUGUGACGCUGCCGGGGGUGCCAGGCUUCUUCCAGGGCAUGUCAGACUUCACACUGCCCCAUGCCAGUGGCCCUGCAGCCCCAGCCCCGCCUCCAUCUACCAGUACUGCCCCGCCCCAGGACAGCAGCAGUGGAGCCACAGACUCUCUGAGCCCGGAGCUGUUCACCGGCAUCGUGCAGGGAGUCCUGUCCACCAUGAUGAGCUCUCUGGGGGCACAACAGGGCAACGGAGAGAGCAUCGCCCAGUUCAUCCAGAGACUGUCCCAGACCAACAACCUGUUCACGCCUGGCUCUGGAGACGCUGUGGGGUUCUUUGGCGACCUGCUGUCUCUGGUCUGUCAGAGCUUCUCCAUGGUGGACAUGGUGCUGUUGCUUCAUGGGAACGCCCAGCCUCUGAGCCGCAUCCGACCCCAGCUCACUGACUUCUUUACCGAACACUACCUCCAGGGCCGAGAGCCCACUGAUGCCAACAUCGCAACAGCAGCUGAGGACCUCAUCAACGGACUGGAGGAGUACAUAGCUGAGAGCUUUGCCACGGUGACGGUGCGGGAAGGAGUGGACAUCGUUCAGACCAACCUGUCCUUCCUCAGACAGCAGUUCACACACAUGGCCUCACACAUCCUGCGCUGCAGCGAUCACACGUUCGGCCCUCGUCUGCUGCUGCUGUGCACUCAGGGCCUGUUUGAGUGUCUGGCUCUGAACCUGUACUGCCUGGGAGGAGAGCAGAGAGCUCUGACUGCAGUCAUCAACCACCGCAUCAGGAGGAUGUCUGCAGAAGUCAACCCCAGUCUGGUCAACUGGCUGACCGGUAUGAUGUCUCUGAGGCUGCACGUCAUCCUGGAACACAACCCAGUCACUGAGGACCAGAUCCAGCACUACGUCAUCUACACACAGGGGGAUGUGAACCAGAGGUCAGAGGCUGAAGCGCAGCAGCCGUCAGAGAGUCCCAGUGUGGAGAUGGAGGAGAGUUUGUCUCCGGCCGCAGCCACCACAGCAGAGGAGGCCAUGGCUACCUCAACUGACGGUGGAGAGAGGGGAGCGUCUCCUGGAGACAGCACCGCCUCAUCAGGGGACGCUCAGUGUCCUGCUGGGGCCCCAACAGGACGAGAGGAGGCAGCCCCUGAGGUGGAGCCGUGGGCAGCAGCUGUUCCGCCUGAAUGGGUUCCCAUCAUCAGACACGACAUGCUGUCUCAGAGGAAGAUCAAAGCCCAGCCGCCGCUGUCUGACGCCUACCUGCACGGGAUGCCCGCCAAGAGGAGGAAGACCACCCAGUGUGAGGGACCACACCUGUCUCUGUCAGACGCCGUGAGUCGAGCUGCUCGGACCGCCGGAGUCCUGCCUGUCACGGCCCCGAACAGCCUGCAGGGAGAGCUGGAGAGGCCAGAGCUGCAGGAAGCAUACACCAAACAGGUGAAGAGCGACAUCAAAGAGCGUGUGCGAGACGAUCCGGACUACAGCUCCCAGAGAUUCCCCAACACACACCGCGCUUUCUCUAUAGAAGACUCCUAAUCCUCUCCAGCCAUGUGCCACAGAGGGCCGAGGCCAGGUCCAGAACAGAGGAGCGAGGCCAGGUCCAGAACAGAGGAGCGAGGCCAGGUCCAGAACAGGAUCUGUUCCUGGUACAUGUAGAAUGGUAACAUCCCAUCGUAGACGUGGCCUGUAAGGACGACAGCUGCUGAACGGUUCCUCCUCUCUUGCUGUAGUUUGGCUAGAAUGGAAAAACCUGCAGACUGUGGCCCCUCCAUGGCACAUGGUCUGAGGAACUAUACGCUCUUUGAGUCACCUCAAGCUAAAACAUUCCCUCUGCUCUCUGACACCUCCUGAGGUGUCAGAGUACUAAACGCUGAACAUAAGAUCUGCCAGCAGCAGCUCAGUACAGAAGAGGACUGGAGGACCAGUGGAGAACUAAUCCUCUUCUGUCGGUCUGAAACAGUCUGAGCAUCACAGCCUCAGACCAGUGUCAGGACCGUUAGGACAAGAACUGACAAUUCAGUGGUAAUGUUCUGAGAAAAUAAAUAAAUAAAUAAAUAGAAAUAGUUGCACUAUGAGAAUAGAGCUGCAAUGUUACAAGAUAUAAGUUAUAAUAAUGUUGCAAAGAAAAAGUUGUUGCAAAAACAAAGUGAUACCAUGAAAACAAAGUUGUAACGCUGCGAAAAAAAAAGUUGUAAUAUCAUGAAAUAAACCUGAAAAGUUAUUAGGAAAAAAAGUCACAAUAUUUCAAGAGUAACGUCAUAAAAUGAUGAAGAGUGAACUGACAGUCUGGUCCUCUGGAUGCAGUGUGAUCAGAUUUGUGUUUCCUGACACUCCGUCAUACUGAGCACUUCUGUCCUACGUUGCACAUGUAUUUGCAUUAUAUAUUAAACUGUAAAUGAGAGCAAACUGUAUAUAGUAAAUGGGGAGUGAUGUCAUAGAGCUGUGUCAAUGUCAGUCAGGUUAGUGCUGUUGCCAUGACGUCAGGUUUUUAUCUUUUAGCAUCAUGACAAUAAACGUCACGGAUGAUUUGUUUAUGUCUGUAUCAGCACUGACAGUGGUGUCUGUCGUCUCUAACCACGUAUCCUCCUGCACUGUUGUUACCUGCCACAGCCUGAUGGUGGUGAUGUGUGUGUGGAGCACGGCUGCAGUCAGUAGAGGUCUGUCCAACUGUGAAUGGUUACUCUGUGCUUGUUAACAUCACUGAAAUAAAUCAAAC